CAUCAGGCCGCGCCGUGCGCCGAAACGUGUGAGCAAAGUAGUGAAGGAGAGAGAAGUGUUCCCCACGUGAAGCGACGUGAACAUGGCGACGGUUCAGGAGCCGGAGGUCCAGUUCGCACAGAAAUUAGCAUCCAACGAGAAGCCCAUCCGGACCAAGGCUAUAAAGAAACUGAGGAAAUAUAUCAAUGUCCGCUCACAGAAAGCGACAGGUGGUUUCACAGGUGAUGAGCUACUCAAGCUGUGGAAGGGUCUUUUCUACUGCCUGUGGAUGCAGGACAAACCCCUGCUGCAGGAGGAGCUUUCAAACCAGAUCUCCACCCUGAUCCACAGCUUCCAAGACAUUGAUGGACAGCUUCUAUACCUGGAGAGCUUCCUGCAGACGUUCAAAAGAGAGUGGACUGGUAUCGACAGGUUGCGGAUGGACAAGUUCUUCCAGCUGGUUCGCUUUAUGUUCAGACAAACUUUUGAGAUGCUGAAGAGGAAAAACUGGGAGAGCAGUGCAAGGUUUCUAGAGCUGCUGACAGCUCAGCUCCUCCAGGGUGGCAGCGGAGCACCCAGUGGGCUGCAGUUCCACAUUCUAGACCUCUACAUGACAGAACUGGCAGCUGUGGGUUCCGCAGAGCUCACUGCUAAUCAGAACUUGGUGUUCAUUGAGCCAUUCUGCAAAACUGCAGCAAAAACCAAAGAUCGGACUCUUUUCAGAGCCAUCUGCAACAGCAUCUUCAGCACUGUUAUUGACCAGGCUCCCUUUGCCAUUGAAGAACUGAUGAAGGAGGUGAAUGCAGAUGAGGACUUGGACUCGGGACAGGCCUCUGAAGAGGACGACGAAGACCAAAUAAAAGAGAAAAUUAGCAAAUUACCCAGCAAGAAAUGGGCAGGGAAGCGGAUCAACGGUAACAAAUCUAAUGAAGAUGAGGAUGAGCUUCACUCCGAAGAGGACGACAUAGAGCUGCCAUGUGAUGGUGACAUCGGACCAGUCCUUCAGUUUGACUAUGCGGCCCUAGCAGACAAGCUGUUUGUGUUAGCCAGCCGGAGCAGCACACCGAGCCACAACAGACAGAGACUCUACAAAAUCAUCAAAGUACUGCGGGACCUUGGCGAAGGCGUCUUUCCUCAAGAUGAGUAUCCAGAGGAGGUCUCCACAGAUGAGGAUGAUGAAAUGUUCGGCAGCAGGAAAAGGAUGAAGAGAGGAGGCUUUCCUAUGGACGAGGAUGAGGAGGGGACCCCAGCAGUGAAGAAAAAAAAAGGGAAGAAAAGGGAGGCAUCCACACUCGACAAGCAAAACAAGGACAUGGUAAAAGAUGACAGUGUAGAAGUAGACCAAACUGGUAAUGACAGGGAAAAAAAGAAGAAAAGGAAAAAGAAUAAGAAGAAAGCGGAACAGGUUAGAAGUGCAUUCAGUGAGGAAAGUUCUGAGAAGUCCACACAGGGACAGACUCUUACUCAAGCUCAAAUUCCAAUUAAAAAACCUGAAGGAAGUCCACAAUAUUCACGAGCAGAAAGUUUAGAAAAGGAAGCGGAGUUCACUGCUAAAGUCACAGCACCAGCUACUGCAAAGGGCCAGUCAGAAACUCUGUUCCUCUCUGAAGUAAAGAAACAGCCCUCAGUUACAGUAACAGAAGAAGACAGGCAACCAAAGCCCUGCACCACUGACAAUAAGGACCAAUCUGAAGCCUUUACAAACAAGAAGAAAAAGAGGGACACUUCCAAACCCAAACCUGGGGUAGUGGUGGGAGAGGAACAGCAGACUUCUCCCACAACAGAAUCAGAAAUUUCCCCUGAAGCAGAUUCUCCAGUCUCCGGAAAGAAAAAGAAAAAGAAUUGGUUGAAAGCUGAGGUACAAUCAGAUGGAAUGAAGACUCAGUCACAGGUCAGUGCAGAGGCAGAGAUCACUUCAGUAAGUUGUGAGACAUCAGAAGAAACCACAAUGACAACACCGAAAACUGAUGCUACAGUCCCUGCUAAGAAGAGCAGGAAGGUCAUGAAGGCUGCAAGCAAACCUGAGGGGAUCAAGGGGGUAUCACAGGUUUAUAGUGUGAGUUCAGAAGAGGAUGGCACAUCAGUAAGCUUUGAGGAAUCUUCAGAAGGUGACACAAUCACCAAACUCAAAAAGCCAACUGGAGCUAUAAUUCCUGUCAAAAAGAAUAAUAACAAAAAGGGCCUCAAGGCUGAUGCCCAUGUUGAGAUAGAGGGAGAACACGCCAAUACUGAGAUCACAUCUGAAGCAUUACAAAAUACCACUGCAGUGCCAGUUAAAAAGAAGACAAAGAAAAGGGGAACGCAGAAACUGGAACACAGCUUUGUAGCUUCACCUGUUGCAGAUGACAGCAUUGAAACACCACUGAAGAACAAAAGUAAAAGGAAUCGUAAAGAAACUAAGACUUCAGUGAAAGAGGAACAAGUAGUAGAUGAAACCCUGCAGGAUACAGAGCUCCCACUGGAUGAAAUUGAGGUGGUUUCCUCCUACAGCAAACUGACCAAAAAGAAGAAGAGGAAGAUACCAGUGGUGUUUGAAUUUGAGGCUGAUGAGCUGGAGACGACUGCACAGGAGGCUGCAUCGAUCAACGGCCUUGGAGAAGAGGAAACUUUUGCCGAGAAGACAAAACGUGGAAAUGAUUUUGAAGAGCCAUCCACACCUCUGAGCGUGAAAAAGUCACAAAAGAAGGGGAAGACUGCCUUGUUGUUGCCGUCUGACUUCAUCACCUUUCAGAGCAACACGGUGGCCCCAAUGCCACUCUUCUGCAAGACAAAGGGAAUCCCCAGCACCCCGGUGUCAAGCAAAAAGAAGUGUCAAACUCCCAAAUCAGAAUCCAAGAAGGUGACCUUCGGUCUCAAGAAUAAUAAAACAGCUGAGUUUAGGAAGACUGAUCGCAGCCUGCUGGUGAGUCCUGAUGGGUCUUCACGAGUCCCCUUUGACCCAAAGCAGAAACCCAAGUUUGGGGUCUUAAAGUCUCCUCCUACUCCAGGCUCCACCCCAAUUGAAGCGACCACCAAUGCCAAGAGGAAGAUGAGUUUGAAUAGUCAAAAGAGCACACCUAAACGACGACCUUCGGCAGCAGACUUCUUCUAACUUCACACACUGACGGACUCUAGAUACAGAUGUUAUACUAUAAUUUUAAUAAUUGACUGAUUAGACAAAUUAUUCUGGUGAGUAAGUAUUUUUGUGUUUAGCUGAUAUCAGUUUUGCAGAUCACCACUUUGAGUGACUUGAUUUUUGAAUAAAGUUGCUCAUUUCAGCUUUUUCAAUAUUAUCAAAUGUUCCGUUUGUGUGAUUAAAUUUGAUACGCAGUAUGUCUUGAAUAUCAAUAAAUCAUAUUUUGCUAAAAAUA